AUGUUUGCCAACCAGGAGGGCAAGGUCGCGGUCAACAGCCCCAUCGGCGCGUGCAAAAAACAGCAUUCGGAGGCGAUGAGGGAACGCCUCAAGUCGGACAGAGACUACCGCAGGUACCGCAGGCAGUACCUGGGAGAGCUGCAGGCCGCCCUCCGCCGCCUGGUGGAGGACAGUAACACGAAGGCCCGGCGCACCCGGCAGAAGCUCCUCGCGGGCGCGUCUUGCACCGCGGAGACCACGGAGGCGGUGGACGGCCACAUCACCGCGCGCGAGAUGUUGGUAAGCGAGAAGGUCCAAGCGGCAGAGAAGAUGGCCGAGGAUGGCGACAUGGACGCGAGCCGUGACACCAUGCGCGAGGCGGAGGACCUGGCGCACGAGAAGUACCGGCUCGCGCGGCUGAAGGGGGCCGGCAAGGGGUCCAGGCCCGUGCUCGACGCGGCCUUCAUCGACGAUGAGGCUCUGGCCAUCGUUGCCCGUAGGCCUAAAGACCUCGACGUCGCCAUUGACGCCCUCCUCGGCACGGUUUUGGAGGUAUUCGAGUGCUUACACCUGCAGCUGAAUGCCGCGCCCGGCAAGACUGAAUGCACACACGUGUCGCUGCGUUCAGUGUCCCUGGCCAACGUCAAGCACCGCUCGUCGUCCACCAUGAGGGCGUACGUGCCGCUAGCAUGGAAGCUUUACGGCUCCGCGCGAGUGCUGGAGGCGCAUAAGCUAAUAUUCGCCCGCACGUUGUUCUUCACCAGUUUGUUCUUCGGACUGCACGUGCUGGUGCUGGCCCCGGCCCUCGAGAGCCACCAGCGGGCCAAACACGGCGUCCGCCUCGACAUCCAGGACUUCCUCGCCAACGCCACAUGCCCUGCGUGUAGCGAGCUCAACGAGAAGAUCCAGAAUUUGGCAUCUGUGGUAGACGGCCCAACAACUACAGCGAAGGACCUCGGAGACUCGGCUGGCCGCUUCGGAGGCAGAGUGGAGCAGGGGGCCAGGGGCCCGGCGGCCACUGGAGCUGCCACCGCGGCCAACCGCCGCGCCUACAGCGAGGCCCCCGCUGCGGGGCGGCGGCCGCGCAACGGUGAACUUACUUGGAACGGAGGCAUUGCCGCAGAGGCGUGGAUUCGGCCGCGCGUGCUCGACGCGCUGCCGGGGGACAUUCGCGAUCGGGUAAAUUUGAGGCCCCGCCCAGGCACGGUGGAUAUUUCAGACGUUCUGCUCUUCUACGCGAUGAAGACCUUCUCCCCGGGCGGCGCAGGCGAGAAGGCCGAGGCAACUUUUGACGGGGACAGGCCGCUGGAUUGGACAGCUGGGCCACUGCGCGCCAGAUUCACCAGAGAGGCCCUGUUUCUGGCGCCGCGAAUCCAUGCGCAUUCUAUCCGGCACAUGGCCAGCGCAGGUGCCGACGGGGCGCCGGGCGCAAAGGCUGUGACUCCGGCAGCGGCCGGAGUCUUCAGGGCAGUAUUUGACCAGAAGCAGCCGCGUUCGCAGAUCACGCACCUCGUAGACGACGUCGGCAAGAAGCGCGUGCAAUCCAUCCAUUACCACACUUGUGCGCGCAGUGCCCCGGCCGCCUCGAACACAUGCACCUUCGCGGAGCCGGUCGCGCUGCCCCCGCGGCGCAGCGCCCUGAAGAGGCGGAGCAGCGACGCGAGGGGCAGCCACGUGUCCAGCCUGCGUGGCCGUUCGCUGCAAGAGGCGGCAGUUGGGUCUCCGCAGUUUGGCCUGGGGGGGGUCUCAGGGCGCGGCCAGUGCCCGGCGCACCUGCUGAAGGACCUCCGCUGGCCGACGAGGCAGAUGAUAACCCUGCAGACCAUCUUCGAGAAGGUCAUGGGCGGCCGCCGCCUCCCGCCGCGAAAGUGGCAGCAACUUCAGGACGACCAGCUCUUCGAGGACUGCAGUUCUGAUUCCUCUGACCACGACGGCUUCGCCACCAUUUGCCCAGACUCGGCCGACGAGCGCGAGCACGAUUUCGACGACAGCAAACACAUCGAGCAUCACAACGAGCAGACGGACGAUUUCCAGAACUCUAUGGAGGCCGAUCUUGCCAGGGAAGAGUUCGACGAACUACCUCGCAAGGUCGAGCACGCCCUGGGUCAGUCAGGCUUCGGGAGAGCACGAGUCAACUGCCAGGCGUUGCGCGAUUGUGGGCUACAGCGUGCUAGCGCGCUGGUACGGUUUGUUGUCAUGAUCACGUGA